CCGCUUCCGGGGCCGCGGGGCGCCGGGCGGAAGUGAAGGCGGCCUGGCGCAUGCGCAGAGUGGCGGCGUGACGGCGAGCGCUGCGCCGCCAUAGUGGGAUGGGGAAGUUGCCAUGGCAACGGCGCGGCCUGGACCCCUCCGAGAGCCCCCGGCCCUCCCCCGGGGGAGGGACCCGCCCGGGAGGGACGCACCCCCCGUGGAUCCCCCCUGACUCACCGCGACCGGGACCCACUACGGCCCGACCCCACGCCCGACCCGCCCGGAGCGGGACCGGCACCCUCCCGCCCGACAGUCCUGCGGCGCCCGGCCCCGCUGCCUCACUCGCCACACACCCUUGGGGACCCUCUAUACAACCCCGCUUUGGGCUCCCCCCUCCCUCUGACCCCUUCCUUUGGGGUCUCCCCCGUGACCCCUUUUGGGGGCUGGUCCGCCCCCUUUAUUGCCCCCCUUUAUUGCCCCCCCCCGGGGCAGGUACUGGCCCUCCCCUGGCGUCUGGGGAUUGAGGGGAUACUGGAAAUGGGGCACGGACUGGGGGGUGCACUGGGAAUGAAGGGCACUGCGAAUGGGGGUGGGGACACAGGGGACAAGGGGGACACCAAACACUGGUGGGGGGACACUAAGGACAGGUGGGGGCUACACUGGGGACAGGGGGGACAAUGGGAAUAAAUUUGGGGACCCUGGGAAUGGGUGGGGGCCGCACUGGGAAUGGGUUGUGGGCACACUGGCAGUGGGAGGACAUACAGGGUCACCAGUCUUCCCUCUUUCCUCAGAUCCAGGGACACAGUCCUAACCCUGCCCCCUGUCCCCAGAACCCUCCGGGGCUCCUUCCCCAGUCCUGGACUUUGCUCCUUGCCCCUUGGCAACGUGACCAGAGGAAAAUUCCAUCCUGGGGAGAGAAGAGAGAGGAGCCAGGAGAGCCUGAGCCAGGAGAGCCUGAUCCCAGGAAAAGCUUCUCCUGGGAGCACCUAAUUCUGGGAUCACCUGGUCCCAGGAUCACCUAAUCCCAGGAGAACCUGAUCCUGGCAGCACCUGAUCCUGGAAAAUUCCAGCUGGCAGAGGUGAGAGGAGAGAACGACCUCAUUCCAGAAGAACAUCAUUCUGGAAUCACCUUAUCCCAGGAGAAUUUCAUCCUGAGAGAGCCUUAGUCCAGGAGCACCUCAUCCCAGGGGCAAGGAGAAGCUCAGCCUGGGAUCCCCACCCUGCCACUUGCUGCCAGUCCCAGUUUCCCUCCCGGCGCAUUUCGGGGUCUCCCCCUGCUCUCCUGCCAUGGCUGAGCCCUCUGGGGCUGGGGACAGCAUCCCCUUGGAUGGUCCCGGCCUGGACAUGGCCGCUGGGGAGGAAUUCCUGCAGGAAGUGUUCCGGAUCCUGCUGGAGGAGGGCGUGCGGAAGAGCACGGAUGUGACACAGAAGGUGUGUGACUGGAAGGAGCCGCAGGAGCUGCGGGAGCUGCUGGAUCUGGAGCUGCGGAGCGACGGGGAGGGGCGGGAGCGGCUCCUGCAGCGCUGCCGGGACGUGCUGCGCUUCAGCGUCCGCACUGGUGCGCUCCCAGUACACACCAGUGCACACAGGAGCGCAGCCCCAGGGCAGCCCAGUGCCUCCCAGUUCAGCCCUGCACAAACUCCGUGUGGCACGGCACCUCCCGCCUCAGCCCGGCUGUUCCCUGGUCACCCCCGGUUUUUCAACCAGCUUUUCUCGGGGCUGGACCACCACGCCCUGGCUGGCCGGUUCCUCACCGAGACCCUCAACACGAGCCCGUACACGUACGAAGUGGCCCCAGUGCUGGUGCUGAUGGAGGAGCAGGUCCUGGCCACGCUCCGGGAGCUCGUGGGCUGGAGCAGCGGUGAUGGGAUCUUCGCUCCCGGGGGAUCUAUAUCCAACAUGUUGGCCAUGAACGUGGCGCGAUUCUGGCGUUUCCCGGAGAGCCGGAGCAGAGGGAACUGGGACCUGCCUCGCCUGGGCCUGUUUGCAUCUCAGGAGAGCCAUUAUUCCAUCCUAAAAGGAGCGGCUCUCCUGGGAAUUGGCACGGACAAUGUUCACCUGGUGCGGACAGACGAGAGGGGGAAGAUGAUCCCAGAAGAGCUGGAGAAGGAGAUCCAGAGGGUGAAAGCCGAGGGCUCGGAGCCCCUCUUUGUGUGUGCCACGAGUGGCACCACUGUCCUGGGCGCCUUCGACCCGCUGGACGCCAUCGCCGACAUCUGUGCCCGCCACGGGCUGUGGCUGCAUGUGGAUGCAGCGUGGGGGGGCAGCGCCCUCCUGUCCCCCCGACUCCGUCACCUCCUUGCCGGCAUCCACAGAGCCGACUCGGUGACCUGGAACCCCCACAAGCUGCUGAUGGUGGGGUUGCAGUGCUCAGCAUUCCUGCUCCGUGACAGCUCCGGGCUCCUGCAGCGCUGCCAUGGCGUGGGAGCCUCAUACCUGUUCCAGCGGGACAAGUUCUACGACGUGUCCCUGGACACGGGGGACAAGAGCCCCCAGUGCGGCCGCCGCGCCGACGGCCUCAAGCUCUGGAUCCUCUGGAAAGCCGUGGGAACCAAGGGGCUGGCACAGCGUGUGGAGCGGGCGUUCGGUGCCACUCGGUAUCUGCUGGAGCAGGUGAAGAGGAGAGAGGGAUUCCAGCUGGUGAUGGAGCCGGAAUUUAUCAACCUCUGCUUUUGGUUCAUCCCACCCAGCCUGCGGGGCCAGGAGAGCUCCCCGGAAUUCUGGGACAAACUGGGAAAGGUGGCCCCAGCCAUCAAGGAAAAGAUGAUCCGGAGGGGCUCCAUGAUGGUGGGAUACCAACCCCACGGAUCCCAAGUCAACUUCUUCCGGCAGAUUAUCACCAAUCCUGCUGUCACCCGCCAGGACCUGGACUUCUUCCUGGAUGAGAUACAGGAAUUGGGAUGGGAUCUCUGAGCAUUCCCAAAAACCCCUGUGAAAGACCCCAAAACCUUCCCCCCACCCCUGAGGAAGAGGAGCAGAGCCUUGAUUUCUUCCUCACAUCCCAAAAUUGGAAAUGACCCUAAAAUUCCACACUUAUGGAAUAAAACAGCAUUUAAUGGUCCUGAUCUGA